AUGGUCUCCUGGGGGGCAAACACGGACUCCCAGCAGGUUCGGAGUAAGGAAUCUGAAAGACUCAGGCAACUUCCAAAGAGGAUUUACCCUACGUCUUUGGAGCGUCCCAUCAAGAGAGUGUGCCCAAUGGGCACUACGGUAUCUGUUGAUGUUGUGAGGUUUGCCCCUAAGGGUUAUAAGACCUUUGAAGCCUCAACUUCUGAAGGACUCCUUUACAAUGUGGAAGGUACGAAAUUCAACUUUUCCUUCUCUGGACAUCCCAGCAGAUGGUACCUGCAACCAUCCUGCCGCCUCAUCCUUAAGGCACUCGCGCCCAGCUCUAAGAUGUUUUCAGAUUGGGUUAAAAUUACCUACUUUAAAAGUGGAGAAGAACAUUCCGACCACGUGGCUAUGAUGAAUGUCACCUGUGUCUCUAUCUCUCUGACAGUGGAAAACUACCAAGACAAAGUGAAGAGCCAAGAAGGAAAGAAGAUGCAUAAGGGAAGAACCUUUUCCCCCUGGCGGGGGCCCAUCAUGCUUGUGAACUGUGGAUGCAAAAAUAAAUACCCACCCGACACAGAGAAAUAUGAAGAAGAAAUUCUUGACAAAAAAGCUAUUCAUCGAAUGUCAAAAAUGUUCUUGAGGAUACAUUCCCCACUUGGAUUUUUCAACACCCAUCAACUAACUAUUAAUUGUUCUCACCCAAACAAAGUGAGACUCUUCGGAGUUGAACGACCCACCAUAAAUCCUCCUUACAGAAUGGUACUGGGGCCAAACAAACCUUCCCAUGUUCUCACACAUCUGAGAAACCGAGAAAGACGGAAAUUUUAUGUGGAAGCGCUUUCCUUCCCAGAUGCUGACUUCUCUGGGUUGGUGUCUUUCACCGUCUCCCUUUUGGAUAAUUCUUACGGGAAAGUCUCUGGACCUCCAAUUCAUAAUGUAGGAUUGGUUUUCCGUGUGGCACCAUGGAUCAUGACUGCUAACACCCAACCACCCGUGGAGAUCUAUAUGACCAACACAUUGAAGCAAUGGCCCCUGUAUCCUUGGAGAUUUUGGAAGUACACCAAAGGUAAACUGCCUAUCAGGUGGCUGACGGGGUCAUCGAAGACAAAAUCAAGAAGAAACAGAUCUAUGCCUGAUUCAGAAUUCAUGACUACCGUCCUUGACUAUUCCUACGUAGCUCAUUGUGAGCUGACUUUCUGCCCCAAGAACAAAAUUCGACUUGACACAUGGAUUGGGAACGAGGUGGCGAUUGGGUAUACCCAGAGUCCUCAGCGAUGUUUCCCUGUUUUCCUUGACUUCCCCUGGACCAAGGGACUCGAAGACUUCAAGUUCAAAGACAGUCUGCCGUCAUCCUUUGGGUAUGUGAUCCAUGAACGGGAAGAUGAUGACAAUCUGGAUGCCACUGGAUUCCUGGAAGUCAGUCCGCCAGUCACUGCCCAUGGCAUCUUUUAUCCCUUGGGCAGGAUUCUCAUUGGUGAUGGCGGCUUGCCCAGGGAAAACAUCAUAGAAGUGAACCAAAGGUUGCGGACAUUCAUCUAUGCCCAGAACAUGCAAGACCCCCUGGAACUCUUUUCUGAAUGGCUUCUGGAGGGCAACGUGAAAGAAUUCCUGACCUUCGUCCCUGCCAACGAUGGAAAGGGCUUCCGGCUCCUCCUGGCUAGUCCCAGUGCUUGCUACGAGCUAUUCAAAAUGGAGCAAAGACACGGGCAUGGAAAUGCUUCUGUGUUGGACGCAGUGGAAGAAGAACUGCUCUCUUACGCUGAAAGGGCGAGGAUGAGUAUCAGCGAGAUCUUAGCUGAUGAACUCUUGCAGAGGCAGAAUGACUACGUGCAGACUUGUAUCACUUGGAACCGAAUGAUACUGAAGGAAGAAUUGGGGCUCUCAGAAGGAGACAUCAUUGAUAUUCCCCAGCUGUUUCGCCUAGGAUGGAUCCAGGAUCCCACCACCAAAAAAGACGUGCUCCGAGCAGGGCAUCUCUUCCCAAACAUGUUGAAUAUGAUCGUCCUAGGAUCUUAUCUUGGGAUCCCCAAACCCUUCGGGCCCUUAGUCAAUGGAGUCUGCUGUGUGGAGAAAAAGGUCCAGAGCCUGCUGGAACCAUUGGGCCUGAAUUGUCUUUUCAUUAGGGAAUUCUUCGGUCAUCAAGGAGAUGAGGGGGAUGCCUACUACUGGCUCAACAUCCGCCGGGAACCGCUGCCCUAUAAAUGGUGGAACUUUAUCAUAUGAUGGGUCAUCUCCUGCUCUCUUCUCUGCCCUGAUGCCCACCUAUGGGGUGGUGGCAGGAGCUCUCUCCACUACUGUCUUAUCCAUCUAAUCUUCUGGACAAUCUCUAGACUACAGUGAUGGCCAACGGCCAUGUCUCUUCCAAUCAGUGGACUGAACCCUAAUCUUCAAUGGCGUAUAGUGUCUGCCUUGAGAGACAUCUUAGAUUGUGGCACACUUGGCCUUCACCCUCCUGGUCCCCUCGUCCAGUCUAUUUUAUGGUGCUGAGAGUGACUAACCCACCAG